ACAAACCGAUUUGAAUCCGCCGGACAGGUCCGUCACCCGACCAAACCUUUCGGCUCUUCCCCACCCCUUCAUCAAACAGAGCUCGCGCAUCUCGACCGCGGACGGUGACAAGCGGCGGCGAUCUCUUCCCUUCGGUUUCGCAUCGAUUGAUCACCUCGAUCCAUAACGGGUCGCUCCGCCGACACGUGGUUUCCGGCCCGAAUUUUUUUGAUAGUCUUAGGCUGGCAUCUUUGGCGAUUAUGCUCGCGUUUGCGCUUCUUCUUUGAUCCAGAGAUCUGCCGGUGUGGUUCUCGGUUGAGUGAAUUCUGUGAAAUCUUGGCCCCCGGCAUCUAGUUUUAGUUAAUUGUGACGGCGGCUGCGGUUUUCUUGGUGCGUGGAGGGUCUUCGAUCGAUGGAUUUCGUCGCGAGUUGUCGGGAUAAAUUGGCAAACUUUAGAAUAAAAGAGCUUAAAGAUGUCUUGACUCAACUUGGUUUGGCAAAGCAAGGAAAGAAGCAGGAUCUCAUGGACAGGAUUUUAGCACUGGUUUUAGAUGAACAAGUACCUGAGCCACAAGUUUGGGGAAGGAGAAACUUUGUAGGGAAAGGAGGAGUAGCUAAAAUAAUUGAUGAUACUUAUAGGAAAAUGCAAAUUCCUGGUGCUACAGACUUAGCAUCUAAAAGCUACAGUCGUACAGAAUUCAAUCACAUGAAACCUAAGGAGGUUGAUUCAUAUAAAUCAGAAAUGAAAAUACGUUGCCCCUGUGGGAAAUCAUCUAAUUCUGAGUCAAUGAUUCAGUGUGAAGAUUCUGGGUGUCGAGUCUGGCAGCAUAUUGUUUGUGUAAUUAUACCUGAAAAAUCUAUGGAGGGUGCUUCUCCUGAAGUUCCGUCUCACUUCUAUUGUGAAAUUUGCAGAAUCAACAGAGCAGACCCAUUCUGGGUGACGAUGGGGCAUCUAUUGCAUCCUGUAAAGUUUUUAUCAGCAGGCAUCACAGCUGAUGGCACAAUCACAGUGCACAAUGUGGAGAGAACAUUUCAAUUGUCAAGAUCAGAUAAGGAACUGUUAACGAGACCUGAAUAUGAUCUUCAGGCCUGGUGUCUACUACUCAAUGAUAAGGUCCCAUUUAGAAUGCAAUGGCCGCAGCAUACAGAGUUGAAAGUCAAUGGUGUUUCAGUCACAGUGGUUGCUAGACCUGGCUCACAGUUGUUGGGUAUCAAUGGCCGAGAUGAUGGUCCAAUGAUCACCACAUAUAGCAAGGAAGGGAUGAACAAAAUUGUUUUAUCAAGGUGCGAUUCUCGUAUAUUCUGUUUUGGGAUAAGACUUGCAAAGAGGCGGACAGUACCACAGGUCCUUAGUUUGGUUCCCAAGGAAGAAGAAGGUGAGUGUUUCCAGGAUGCUCUUGCUCGUGUUUGUCGCUGCAUUGGUGGUGGAGCUGCUACUGAGAAUGCGGACAGUGAUAGCGAUAUAGAAGUGGUAGCUGAUUCUGUCACAGUGAAUCUUCGUUGUCCGAUGAGUGGGUCUCGGAUAAGAAUAGCAGGCAGGUUUAAGCCUUGUGUUCAUAUGGGCUGUUUUGAUCUGGAAACAUUUGUGGAGCUAAAUCGACGUUCUCGGAAGUGGCAAUGUCCAAUAUGCCUUAAGAACUAUUCACUUGAGAACAUCAUUGUUGAUCCAUAUUUCAAUCGCAUCACUUCGAUGUUGCAAAAUUGUGGAGAAGAUGUAACUGAGAUUGAUGUGAAGCCUGAUGGUUCUUGGCGUGUAAAAAAUGAACUAGAAUCCACUGAUCAUUCUCGAUCGCAUUUGCCUGAUGGUACCCUCUAUGCUAUUACAGAUGCAGAAGUAAAACCUUACAUGGGGAAUCUGAGAUAUAUGAAGCAGAAGAGCCCUUCAGAGAGGCACUUCAGUUUGAAUUCAGGAAUGAAGUCAAAUCCAAAGCAAAGACCUAAAGAUAAGAGGCUUCCAUCUUUUGAGAGUCCUAGUCUUGGUAAGCUUGAAAAUCUUUGUGAAGGCAUAAUAAAUAUGAGCAGUAGUGCGACUGGAAGUUACAGAGACGGGGAAGAUCCAAGUGUAAAUCAAGAGGUUGGGGGACCUUUUUAUCUGUCAUUGAACAAUGGCCAUGAGUCUGAUUCUCUCUCUCUCAAUCUUGAUCCAACAUACAGUAUUGAGAAUAUAACUCCUGCACCCUUCGAAGAUCCUAAUGUGAUUUUCUUGAGUGACUCUGAUGAUACACUGAUUUCUCCUGAAACUGCAUAUGGCAUUCAUCCUUCUGGUAAUAAUACAAUCCCUUUUCCCAACCAUCCUGGGGUUUCAGAAAAAUAUUCUGAAAACAAUGGGCCAGACACAAGUGGAACUUCAUUCCUUGGAUUAUAUAACAAUACUGAUGUAUUUGAAACUUGGCCAUUGCAUGCAUGCCCUCAGUCAGGUCCUGGCUUUCAACUUUUUGGAACAGAGGUCCCAGAUGUUUUAGCCGAUUCACAUAGUUCCCUUGGGUGUGCACCAAUUAGUGGCUAUGGUUUGACAACUAAUCAUGGUGUAGAAGUUACUGCACAAAUCCAAGAUCUUUUUAAAUGUCAUUCUGGUACUGGAAUGCUAGGAAGCUUAGGUGAUAAUCCCCUAGCAGUUGCAAAUGAUGACCCUUCUCUGCAAAUUUUUCUUCCUAGUCAGCCAGUAGGAGUUGCCCUUCAAGAUGACUUGAUUAAUGGCACUGAUAUAGGGAAUGGGAUCAAUUCUGAUGAUUGGACAUCUCUUAGACUUGCUGCUGGUGGAACUCAUGGUGACUCUACCCCUUCAAAUGGACUGACUUCGAGGCAACAGGUCACACCAAAGGAGACUCAGAUGGACCUAUUAAAUGAUGAUGCUUCUUUACUGUUGAGUAUGAACAGCAACAAAGCCAAUAAAGCAAAUUUUAAAACUCAGAAGUCCGAUAGUUCUCCUGGACAACCACGGUCUAUUAGGCCUCGGUUAUAUCUGUAGAUACUGAUUCCUAUUGUUGAUCAUGUGGGGAUUCAGAUUAAGAUGGAAACUAAAAGGUUGCUGCAUGCCUGAUACUGCUGUUCUACUCUGAUGUUAUGUGGGGAAAAAGGAGGCCAAACAAUCUUUAUACUGACAUGAAAGAGAAGUUACAAUUCAUGAUCACAGCAGCAAGUUUCUUAGCUACGACUGCUGGAACUAUCAACUAAAGGGAAAUAUCAAACAUCUUGUUUGGUGGCAGAUGGUGAGCUAAUUUUAGUUUGGGCUGUUCAUUACUUCGUGGAAGAUUUCCUCUCAUUAGCUUCCGCCUGCAAUCGACUGAAGACACCCAUUGCGUGGCUGCCACACCAGUUUGUUAACUAUAAGAUUCUAUAGGCAGAGAGGGAUGGGUUCCUUACACGUAAGCCAAAUAGGUGGGCAGCUGAUGUAUUAUAAUUGUAUGAUUUGAUCGGUGUAAAUUCAUGUGCCUAUCCAAUUCUGGUUGCAGUGAAGAGAAAGUAUUGCUUAUAAAUAACUUGCCACGAAUGCUUUCAAGUUACAAAAAUUCCAUUAUUUGAUGA